AUGGAGACCAAAGAUACGAACUACCUCUUUCUAGUCGUCACCUUUCUGACAGUGACUGCAGUAACAACAGCAAUAACAGCACAAGAAAAAAUAGUUCAGCAAUUCAAUCAGAUGAACAUUGAAAGUGCACCAACCUUUUUGAUUUUCUUGAAUUCAGAAUAUAAGCUUUGUUUGGGGACCCUGAUCCAUGAACAAUGGGCUCUCACUGCAGCCCACUGCUUCUUACCAUUUCUUGAGGCACGCAUUGCUACUUCAAACAAGGUUUUCCUAGAUGAGAAACAUAAAAACUUAAGACCCCUGCUUACUGUCCAACACCCAAAUUUUACCUGGGAUUCUUCUGAGCAUGACCUCAUGCUCAUCAAGCUGCCUCAUCCUCUAAAUCUCAAUAUUGUGAAGCUGGUUGGUCUGCCCAAUGCUACAGAUGACAGAAGAGGAGGCGUAUGCACUGUUUCUGGAUGGGGCUGGGAAUUGGAACAUUUCUACACAGAACCUGAUAUCCAGAUAAACCAGACUGUCUUUUGGUUCCUUGAUGAAUAUUGCCAAGAGUCCCCGCUAAGGAAAAUUCCUGUUCAAGUCACAGAGAACAUGUUCUGUGCGGGAUCAACUCUGGAGGAUACUCAUUCAUGUCAGGAAGUAGCUGCUGCCCCAAUCCUGUGCCAAAAUCAGCUCCAUGGGAUCCUCUCCUGGACAGAUGGGUGUAUUCUGAGAGGUGAUAUUGGCUUCUAUACCAAGGUUUCCCGCUAUACAGAUUGGAUUCUCAGAGUCAUCCAUACCAGCUGA